GAUACAGUUAAGUGUGUACAUACAUAUGAUUUUAUGAACCGAAAUAUAUAGGGAAGUUUACUGAUAUGAGUAACUGUAAUCCGUAUUUAGUUACUGCUUGUAUGUAGCAUGGAACGAAAGAACAGUUAUGCUGAACUGUCAAGAUAAAUUACGUUUUGUGAAUAUUGCGAAUUAAUAGUUGAAGCUAUUAAUCAAAGCAUAUAAUGGAACUUGGUGAUUUAAUAUUAAUUCCAAAUCUUGACAAUGUUGCAUUAAUAGACAAAAGCGAUGGAAAUAAUAAAAGCAUAGAUGGAACUUUAUGCAUUAGUAGUCACCAUCUUCUUUGGUCUUCACGGCAAGACAGUGAUCAAGAACUUUGGCUGUUGUAUCGAAACAUUGAUCUUAUAGAGAAAAAAUUAAAUACCCAAAGCCCUGGUGGUAGCAUUAUACUAAAAUGUAAAGAUUUUCGUAUCCUUCAAUUGGAUAUUAAUUCAAUGGACGAUUUAAUGAACGUUGUAUUAUCCAUAGAAAAAUUGACAUCUCAAGAGCAAACUUUACAGUAUCCUUUUUUCAAUAGACCACAAACAGUUAAUAAUACUAUGAUACAAAUAGAAGAUGGUUGGACCGCAUUUGCUCCUGUAUCAGAAUGGUCUAGACUACUAACUGCACAUGGAGAUGAAUGGCGCAUCAGUUACUUAAAUAAAGAUUACAAAGUUUGCAAUUCUUAUCCAUCUGCUGUUAUAGUACCGCGUCAUGUUGAAGAUAAAAUUAUAAUAUCCUCUGCUAAUUUUAGAGAUGGAGGAAGAUUUCCUGUUUUAUGCUAUAGACACGAAGGAGGGAGUAUUUUAUUAAGAAGCAGUCAGCCAAUGUGUGGUACUAGUGGUAAAAGGUGUAAAGAAGACGAAAGGUUAUUAAAUGCAGUGUUAGGUCCAGGAAGACGUGGUUAUAUAAUAGAUACAAGGUCUGUCAGUCAAGCUCAAAAUUCUAGAGCCAAAGGAGGUGGUACAGAAAUGGACGCGGCUUACCCGCAAUGGCGAAAAGUACACAAAGCGAUUCCACGACCACACGAUUUAGCAGAUAGUUUUUUUAAAUUGAUAGAGGCCUGCAACGAUAUUACGUGUUCUACCUCACAAUGGAUUUCGAGACUUGAUAAUUCUGGAUGGCUAGUUGCUGUACAAAAUGCCUUAAAUGCUGCUUGUGUAACUGCACAGUGUCUUCAUCAAGAAGUUGCAGCUGUAUUAGUUCAUGGAAGUGCUGGUAGAGAUUCUACUUUGGUGGUAACAAGUUUGGCACAAGCGAUAUUAAGUCCAGAUUGUAGAACAGUACGUGGCCUUCAGGCUUUGAUCGAACGUGAAUGGAUACAAGCAGGCCAUCAAUUUUUCACUCGCACACGUCACGGACCAUAUCAUUCAUCGAAUUCGCAAAAUUCCACACAUGCUCCGACUUUUCUCCUUUUUCUCGAUUGCCUUUAUCAGCUCCAUUAUCAAUUCCAAUUUAGCUUCGAGUAUACAGUAGAUUUAUUGAUUGAACUGUACAAUCAUGCAUACUGCUCUAACUAUGGAACUUUCUUAGGGGAUUCAGAAGCAGAAAGAGUUAAUCUUAGAUUAUCAGAACGAACGUGUAGUUUGUGGUCGUAUCUAAAUCAGCCAGAAAUAUUGGAAAAAUGGUUAAAUCCUCUGUAUGAACCAAAUUCAGGAGUUAUUUGGCCAAGUGUUGCACCUGUUAGUAUUCAGUUGUGGAAAGAACUGUAUCUUGCUCAUACUAGCAUUGCUCCAUGGAAGGGUUUAUUGUCAUGCAUAAAACAAAUUAAACAUAAUUAUAUGGCAGUACGAAAGGUUGCUAACCAAUUGCAAAUUCAAAUUAGACGAGCAAUAGAAGAAAUGCGUUCCAAUCCCAAUACAUGUUACGAAGAAGAAAUACAAGAUGAACAUACUUGUCUAGCACAAUUAAGCUUGGAAUCCCAAAAUACUUGAUUAUUUUAUAUGAUAAAUCUGCUUCUAAUAAUAACUUAAAAAUGACGUAUAUAGAAAAAAAUUCAUGUUUAUGAAAUUUUAUGACGAUCUUGAAAACUAUUUACAUGAAAAACAAGAUUAAAAGAGAGGUUAAGGAUUGUGUUCUAUUACCGGUUAUGCGAAAGAGAAAUUGGAGGGGAAACGAGGCAGGUGUUCAUACACAAAGAAAAUGAAAAGAAUCCUAGCAACAAACACGCUUGGAACUGGACAAUCUUUCGUAUAUUUUCUAAUUUUGUACAAAAUUUGUAUAUAUAAAAACAACUUCAAAGCAAUGAAAACACAAACAGAAUGUUUCAAAUUGUUUUAAUGUAAAGCGAUAGUACAUUAAAGUUUGAUUAACGCUUUGAUCUAUAUAUGUAUAUGUAGCACACAACGAUACGAAAAGACAGCUAUUUAUAUUAUAACUACAAGACUUAACA